AUGGCCGAGCCCGGGCGGCUGUGCUGGCCCGCGGCGCCCACGCGGGGGCCAGCGGGCGGGAACCGGGGGCUCGGGUGUGAAAAGCGUCUACCUUCCCAGGGCUUCACAAAGACCAGGCACCGGCCGCCGCGCGCCCCCGCCCUGGACGGCCUGCGGUGGACGUUCGUGAAGAAGGGCCUGGAUGACUUCCGGAGGGGCUGCCCGCCGUGCGAGGCUCUGCUCACUCGGGGUCCUCAGGAGGCCUUUCUCCCCCAGAUCCGUCCCCCAGCUCGCCAACCCGUCCCAAAGAAGCGGCAGCACAGGUGGCCCAAGGGAGCAGCCCCGUUUCCCGAGCUGUCACCUGCGCAGCGGGCGCGGGGGGCCUUCCUGGCAGACGUGGAAGCCCAGCGGACCCCGCACCCUUUGGCUCUCUACCCUCAUCUGGGAGAGGACAUGCCCGUCGAGCUCUUAUUAAAGGUGCUGGAAGUGCUGGAUCCCGACAGGAAACUGGAGGACACGUGGGCUUAUUGUCAGGGUGUCAGGAAGAGAGCAAAGGAACCAGCCAAACUUUUAAGAAAACUUUCCACCCAAGUCGACCCGGGCCUUCCCAAGAAGACUGCUGUGUCACAUCCAGGUCAAUGGCUUUAUGAAGAAAAGAAGCCACAUCACACAGAUUUGCUCCAUGAAGAUGGUCCUCUUAUCCAUGAAAAUGUGCGCAAAGGAGUUAGGGACUUCUGCAACUGGGCUACUACUUUUGGAAGUUCCAACAUUGAUGAAGAGUUCAUCCUGAAGCAGUUUGACAUUGACUGUGAGAGCAAACCCAGCCGUGAUGUGCCCCACACGAUCAGCCAGGCUCCUCCAGAGCUAAAGAAGAAAGUGGCGUUAAAGAAACUGCAGGAACCACCGGUUUUCCAAAAACCAGACUAUGAGCAGAAACUCCAAAAACCACAGAAUCCUCAUAAACCAAAGUGUGUGAAGAUGAGAUAUGGAGCAUGGUAUCUGAACACCAAGUUGUGGAAAAAGCAAAGAGCAGACGAACCUUUGGUUAACCCCAAGGUGUCAUGUAAAGCUCAAGAUGAGAAUUUUAAAAGGGAGCUACAGGAACAGGAGUCGCUUGCAGACCUUCAUAGAACCACUGCCUUUAAGGAUUUCGUUCUAAGCAGGGGCUACAGGAUGCCAAGUUUCCUUGCGAAGAUGUAUGUCAGGAAGGAGCGUAAAUGUGAGUGUAAUAAGACCUCUAUAAAAUAA